CAUGGCGCGACUUUGUUAACACCUUUGUUAUGGACAAGCGUGCCACCAGCGGCCGGGGAGAGCCCAUCCCGAGCAUCCUCAAGAAACCUAAGGGCCGCCACAAAGGAGACCUCCUGGAUAAGAGCACAAAGAUCAAGCGCGAGAAGGUGGAGGGCUCUAAGAAAGCUGGAGAUGUGAGCGCUCCGUUGCAGCAGGGGUGCUCUCCGCUCAUGUACGCCUGCCAACAGGCAGACUACAAGGCAGUCGUCGAUAUACUCAAUAAGGACCCGGCAUCAGUACGUGUUCGUGACCGCGGUCUGCGGUGUGCGCUGCACUACUGCGCGUCGAGUGGCGCGGGUGCGAGCCAGGCGGCACGCGCGGCUUGCGCAGAUCGCGUGCUGAUGGCUGCGCCGGCGCUGGCGGAUGCAAGAGACGCCGAUGGCUUGACACCACUACACCUGGCCGUCGUGCAUGGCAACGUACCACUGGUGCAGACUCUUCUAGCUGCUGGUGCAGACGUGAACGCUAGAGAUGAUGAACAUCAUACUGUUGUUCAUUGGGCGACAGUGUGUGGUGAAGUUGGGGCACUACGAGCGGUGUUAGCAUCCGGCGCAGACGCAGCCACGCCAGACCAACAUGGCGGAUAUCCUUUGCACUAUGCCGCACAAAUGUGUGGUGCUCCAGCUGCUACAGAUCAUCAAAGCAGAGGAGCAGCUCUGGAAGUCUUACGAGCACUGGUAAAAGAGGGUGGGGCAAGUGUAGACGUGAGAGAUGCUGACGGCCGGACCCCACUCCUGUGGGCAGCAUCAGCAGGGUCAGCGGCUGCAGUGUUGGCGUUACACCAGGCUGGAGCUAAAGUCGACGAUGCUGACAGAGAUGGGUUGACUGCUCUACACUGUGCUGCUGCCAGAGGACAUACUGAAGCAUUAGAAACGUUAGUAGGUCUAUGUGGAGCGAGAGUGGACGUAGCAGAUUCGCAUGGUUGUACUCCAUUACACUAUGCAGCUGCAUUAGGUCAUGCCGAUGCAACAUCAGCUCUGUUACAACAUGGCGCCGAUUCACAUCGACAAGACAGAAGGGGUCGAAGCCCCGCUCAUACAGCAGCAGCUAAAGGACAAAUAGAAACAGUGCGGAUACUUGGUGCCAGAGGUGCUAACUUAUGGCUCAGAAACUCUAAAGGUGACCUCCCUUUACACGAAGCAGUUGCAUCUGGAAGACGAGAACUAGUGAAAUGGCUUUUAGACGGGCGUCCAUCCCAAGUAAAUGCUACUAAUCAUGAAGGUCGAACACCUUUACAUAUAGCAGCUGCUACGGAUAACGCCGACCUGUGCCGCUUAUUAUUAGAUCGCGGUGCUGAAGUCAAUCUGAUAGCAAGAUCAUCAAAAAAUGAGCCUCUUACUCCCUUAGAUUGUGCAACCAGUCGUGGUCAUCGCUCUACGGCUAAAUAUAUUCAGAUGCAUGGUGGAAUACCUGCUUCUAAAUUAGCUAAUACAGAUAUUAUCAUAGACGGAGCUCCAAUUACUGCAUUACCCACUCGAAGAGUCACAAGUACAAAAAUAGACGUACAUGAUAGGAUCAGAAUAGAAAAGAGAGAGGUAGUUGAACUGUCUAGCCCCAUUCAAGAAAGGCGAAAGAUCCAAGAUAGAGACAGUAGUGAGUCUAAUGAAUCCUCAGAAGAUAAUAGAAGAAGAACAAAGAAAAAAGCAGAAACUCAUAAACAUAAAAACAAUAACCACAAAGAACGUCGAAAAAGACUCAUGCAUACACAAAAGAGUUUUAGUGAUGGAUAUGACAGUGAAUUUGAAGCUUUUGAAAAGGAAAAUUCCCAUGAUCGUAAUCAUAAAAGUUCGAAGAAAAGCAGAUCAAAAAGUGAACCAUCAAGGCGUCAUAAGCGUAGUGCAAAGCACCAUCACCAUCGUUAUAGGUCUCGUUCUGACAGUUCUUCAGACUCUGAAAGUUAUUCGGAGAAGAGGAGAAGCAGACGACGAAGACGAAGUAAAAAAAAAUCCAGUUCAUUCUCAGAAAGCAGUAGCUCAGAAUCCAGUGAAAGACGCAGUACUAAACGCAAAGGAAAAAAAACGUCAAUUCAUAUAGAAAAUGAUGACCAAAAACAAAGUGUGAAUAUAAUAAAGUAUAAAACCACUGAUAGUUUACAGGGUAAGGAAAAAAACGACAAUUUAAUCACAGAUUCAGAAAAUAAAACUGAAGGUAUCAAAUCGGAAACAGAAAAGGACGAGAGCAAAAUAGUCAAGGCAGGUCAUAGUGAAACUGAAACAGAUACUUUAUCAGUUAAAACAAAUAUGAUAAUCACUGAAGCCCAAAUCCAUAUGGAACGGCAAUCUAGUCAACUAGGAAAUUCCGAAUUAAAUGUAACGGUUGAUUCUUCAAAUAACGUAUCAAUUGAAUCUACAAAUUUAUCAGUGACGCACAAAGAAUUAACGGAAGAAAUUAAGCCUGAAAAUGGUAAAUUAGAGAACCAAGACGACGAUAAAGAAAGCCCCAAAGCAGAUUUAACUGACGUUCCAAGUAAUGAGACCCAAAAAGAAUCAUCACAAACUGAUAUUUCAGUAACUGACAAACAAGAUACACUAACCGGAGAUAAUCAAGCCCAAGUAAAGACAUCAACGGAAGAGAAAGAUGAUCAAAACAAAACUUCAAGUGAACCAGAUAAAAGUCAGGCUAGUAAAUCACAGACUGAAGAAGAACAAGUGGUCAAAUCUGAUGCGAAACAAAAAGAAAGUUCUGAAAAUUUAGAAUCACCUCAACAGAUUAGUAAAGACCCAAGCCAAGUCUCAGAAAACGAACUUAAACAAUCUCCAACUCCUUCAGAAUUAACGAGAAGAAAGUCAUUUCAGGUUUUAUCCGGCCCAGAUGAAAUUGGAUCACCAAGUCAAAAUGCAUCGGGAGAAUUAAAAACUAGCUAUGAUGCUCCCAGUAUAGAACAAACUGAAACUCAAGAAAAAACUAGUUCUCCAGCUGUAUCAUUUUCCAAUAAAGAUAUAAUAAUAGAUACUAAAGAAUCUAAAGUUAAAACUGACCAUUUAAUGGGAGAAUCCGUUGACCAUAGCUUAGAUCCUGAAACCGAUAAACAAAUUCAAGAUAGCAUUUUACAAAAAGAUAGUAGUGACAGUAACGUGAUAAGUUCAGAAGAAAGAAGAAAAGAAUUUCAAAAUUCUACUACAGGUAGCAGUACUGAGAAUGCUCCCAAUAAUGAUAAAGGGUUAGUGUCUGUACUUGAUGAUAACAUUCCUACAAGUGACCGUGCAGUUCAGCAAGUUAUCUUAGAAAACUUAUCUGAAGAAUAUGAUGUAGACUUGUCUUUGCAUCCGACAACACCAACAAGGAUACGAAAAACUUCUAAAGAAAGCCAAGGCAGCAGUCGAAAAAGUAGUAUAUAUGAAACAGAGAGUUAUAAAGUACUGUCGGAUAUUGCUAGUGCUCCAGAUGCUACACCUGGUAUUCUCAAAAAAACAGCAUCAAAACUAGAUGAACCUUCCUUGGAAGAUGGAGAAUUAUUUGAAGGGGGAAGCAUUUCAAAAGAUGGUUACAUAGGUCGAGUACCAAGUGUCAGCGACAACGAAUUGUACAGUCAUAGCGAGGCAAACGGCCGAAGAAAACGUUUUCGCAAAAAAGGAAGAACGAAAAGUCGUACAACUAUUAGAUCCAAAAGUGAAAAUUCUGAGAGAGGGUAUGAAUCUAGUGGUUUAAUGGAUUCUGGUUUUGAACCAAGCCCUAGAGCUAUUCAGCGUCGAAUUACAAGUCCUCGUCUCGCAGCUUAUUACAAACAAAGAAAUGCCAGUGGAAGAUAUUCAGGAAAGUCUGACAGUCGGAUCCCAGUUCGAAAACCAGGAGACAAAAAUGCUGUCGACAUGAAGUCUGUUACUCAGAGAAUCCAGACAAAUAUGAGACGGUAUUAUUGCGAAAGAAAACUUUUUCAACAUUUGUUAGAGUUAAAACGACUUCAAAUCAGAACCAGCAAAGCAAAUGAAGCGGUCCUAGUCAAGAGAGCUAUCGACGAAUAUAAUAAAUCAAGCCUAGCUAACGUAGGUCUAGGCUCAUACAAUACUCCAGACUAUUCGUUUAGCAGUUUUGAGAAAUUCCUUUAUGAAAGUUUAAGGAAACUACAAAAGAGCGGAAAGAAACAUUUGGAUAAAUUACCAGAGAAACCAAUUGAUUUUGACUAUGGAGAAAGUGAACUAUAUAAAAUGAGUGCUAUUCCUGACAACCCAUGUCUUUGUACGAGCAAGACCCAUAGAUGUUACCACGCAGUGCAUGCUUAUACUGGCAUACCGUGUUCGGCGUAUAUUCCCUACAAGUGGAAUCAUCACACUAUGCCGAAACCCGCAACAGCUGGAGGCAGUUCAAAGUCGAAAGGCUUUCUUCCGAAAAUAAAUUCUAAGCCCCCAUCAGGUACUGCCAAGGCGCACGUCACGCUAGAAGUGUCCCACGGGACUGAAAAGCAGUUGAUAGCAUUACCAGCUGAGAAACUUGAUAAGAAUAAACGAUAUUACGUCACGUUUACAGUGAAGGGCUCUGAACCAACGUCUGACAACGAUAACUCUUCUCCAAGUGCGACUUUAAACACCAAGAGUGUAAGGACAGGAUGAUUGUGAUAAUAGUUUACAUAUUUUGACGAAAAAUCUGUACUAAUCACUGCCAAUAUUGAAGAAGUAUUUAGUGACAGCUAAAUAUUGCGUUGAUAGACCUGUAAUGCGCUGCACCUACAAAAUAGUGAUUAGACUAAACGAAGCCGUCCAUUUCGACAAAUAAAAGGAGUAACAAUUUAUUUUUUUAUAAUUCUUAACAAGAGCGUUUAAUAAAAGAUGAAGUAUGUAUGUAUAUCUGGCAGAGUAUCUAUAAAAACUAAGUCAAUGUUGUGUAGUCUUCCUGUUAAAGCGUUGUAAUGCACAUAUAAGUAAGAAAAUAUAUCAUUAAAACGCUAAUUGUUUUCUGCACAAAAUAUUUUGUCAUGAUACUCAAAUCGUAUUUA